CCGCGUGGCCGUCCACUAACCUCUGCCCUGCUGCCGCGAGGGAGCGCGGGAAAUCCCGAGCGCAGAGGCGAUCCCGCGAGCGGCUGGGGCCAUGGCCACCUCUUCGGUGUCCAAGGGCUGCUUUGUGUUUAAGCCAAACUUCAAGAAGAGAAAGAUCUCUGUACCAGUAGAGGACUAUUUUAAUAAAGGGAAAAAUGAGUCUGAGGACAGUAAGCUCCGAUUUGAAACUUAUCAGUUGAUAUGGCAACAAAUGAAAUCUGAAACUGAGCGACUACAGGAGGAAUUAAAUAAAAACUUGUUCGAUAGUCUAAUUGAAUUUCUGCGGAAGUCUUACUCUGGAUUCCAGAAGAGCUCAAGAGACUGGGGCUGCCAAAUAAAACUCAGAGAAAUUCCAACUGCUGCUCUUAUUCUAGGUGUGAAUGUGACAGAUCAUGAUUUAACAUUCAGAAGUCUAACAGAAGCUCUUCAGAAUAAUGUCUCUCCAUAUGUAGUCUCAUUGCAAGCUAAAGAUUGUCCAGAUAUGAAACAUUUUUUGCAAAAGCUGGUCUCACAGUUGAUGGACUGCUGUGUAGAUGAGGAAACCAAAGAGGGAAGUAUUCAGGUUGCCCAGAAAAAGACACACUGUUCAAUGGAUUCUCUUUCCAGUUGGUAUACGAAUGUCACACGGAAGACAGACCCAAAAAUGCCCAGGAAAAAGAGGACUUCUUCUAGCCAAUGGCAAUCUCCUCCUGUUGUACUUAUCUUAAAGGAUAUGGAAAGCUUCACCACAAAAGUACUCCAGGACUUCAUAAUUAUCAGCAGUCAACAUCUACAUGAAUUUCCACUAAUGCUCAUUUUUGGAAUUGCCACAUCUCCUAUUAUCAUCCAUCGGUUGCUUCCUCAUGCAGUAUCAUCUCUGUUGUGCAUAGAACUAUUCCAGUCUCUGUCCUGCAAGGAGCACCUGACUACGGUACUUGAUAAGCUACUUCUUACAACUCAGUUUCCAUUUAAACUAAGUGAAAAAGUGUUACAGAUUCUGACCAACAUAUUUUUGUAUCAUGAUUUCUCAAUUCAAAACUUUAUAAAAGGACUUCAGCUUUCUCUGUUAGAACAUUUCUACUCCCAGCCCCUCAGUGUUCUGUGCUGUAACCUCCCAGAAGCCAAGAGAAGAAUAAAUUUUUUAUCAGAUAAUCAAUGUGAAAACAUCCGACGUCUUCCAUCUUUUAGAAGGUACGUGGAAAAGCAAGCUUCAGAAAAGCAAGUUGCAUUAUUGACCAAUGAGAGAUUUUUGAAGGAGGAAAUGAAAUCAUUACUAGAAAACUUACAUGUUUACCAUUCAAAUUACUUCCUGGUUUUGAGAUGUCUUCAUCAGUUCGCUUCUUCUCUUCCCAAGUACCCAUUGGGUCGACAGAUCAGAGAGCUGUACUGCACUUGUUUAGAAAAGAACAUAUGGGAUUCAGAGGAGUAUGUGUCAGCCUUGCAGCUGCUGAGGAUGUUGGCAAAAGAUGAACUGAUGACCAUUCUUCAGAAAUGUUUCAAGAUUUUUAAGUCCACUUCUGAAAAGCAGCUUGGGAGCACAGCAAAGAGAAUAGAGGAGUUUCUGGCCCAGUUUCAGAAUCUUGAUGAAGCCAAAGAAGAAGAAGAUACUUCUGGGUCACUGUCAAAGGGGCUUCAGAAGACAGACCUCUAUCAUCUUCAGAAGUCCUUACUGGAAAUGAAGGAACUAAGAAGAACAAAUAAGAAGCAGACCAGAUUUGAAGUACUCAGAGAAAAAGUUGUCAACUUCAUUGACAGUCUGGUAAGAGAAUAUCUUCUGCCUCCAGAGACACAGCCUCUGCAUGAGGUGGUGUACUUUACUGCUGCUCACACCCUGCGUGAACACCUGAAUGCUGCUCCAAGAAUCGCUCUCCACACUGCACUCAACAAUCCUUAUUAUUAUCUCAAGAAUGAAGCACUGAAAAGUGAAGAAGGCUGCAUUCCAAAUGUCGCCCCAGACAUCUGCAUAGCAUAUAAACUGCACCUAGAGUGUAGCAGGCUAAUCAACCUUGUAGACUGGUCAGAGGCUUUUGCAACAGUUGUGACAGCUGCUGAAAAAACGGAUGCAGAUUCUGCAACCUCAGAAGAAAGGAAUGAAAUUAUCCAUGCUCGGUUUAUUAGAGCUGUUUCUGAACUAGAACUUUUAGGAUUUAUAAAACCUACCAAACAGAAGACUGACCAUGUGGCAAGGCUAACAUGGGGAGGCUGCUAGAAAGCCAUGGAAUGAAGCCAGAAGUAUCACAUUAAGCUUAAGAGAAAAAUGAGACCAGGCAUAUUUACAUACCACCGGAAGACUCUUGGUGAGAAAUGUGUAAUCCUUGUGUGUGUUUGAUCAGAAAGUACUGUUAACCCAAACAGGAAUAUAUCAAAAACACCUCUGGAGUACUUUAGAACCCAACAAAUGACAUGCUUAUUACAUUGUAACUACAACCUCCUCCACAUUAUCACUGUAAUUUUCAGUCAUUUCUAAAUAAUAAAUUGUUCUUGAGCAGUUUACAGAGGUAAUAAAUGCCUUUAUCCACGAGUAUUAAAUUUGUUACGGUUGAUUUCAUAUCACUCAUUUCUGCUCCCCUAGUUUUUUGGACUGGCAUUCCUCACUUUAGUAAAUUGCAUAGUAAGAAAGACAACUAUCCUACAGGAUUUCUCCUAGUGACUAUAUAGGUUCUAAAACUGCCUCUGCUGCCCCAUUUCUUUUAGUCUGAAAACUUAAAAAAAAAAAAAAUCCCAAGCUCUUUGGCUUUAUGUGUAAAGGGAGUAAAUAUUCUACUUUAGGAUGACCCAUCAUGGAUCCUUUAAGACCUUUACCAAUCACAUUUCAAUCUUGUAAAGUCCAAAUGAGGAAAAAGUAAAUCCCAAAUGGAAUGACAUCUGGAUUUCUUCCAUGACAAGAACUCAUCAAGACAAUGAAACAAAGAUACACCAAAUUCAUUAUUUAAUGUUUUAAAUCCCAUGAGAAUUCCGGGACAUAGCUUUAAGAGUAUUCACUAACUUAUCAAAAUUACCAAUGCAAAUAUGACAAGGGAAAAAAAUCCAAAUUCAGUAAAAUCUUGGUUCACAAAUAUUAGUUAUGUAAUUGUAGGCCUUUCUUGUGUGUGCUUUGAGGACAAAUUUAAUGCAGGUUUUAAUUAAUUUAUUGCAAAGAAAUUUGAUAGCUUAAAUAAUUCUAGAGUGUAAAGGAUAUGUCAUACAGGGUGGAGUAUUUUUAUCCUCUGACAACAUGAGGGCUGAGAUGACAUUAAUGGGUAACUGCCUCCUUCUCCCUCUUCCUGUCCCAAAAACACACAAAAAAAAGUGUUAGAUGUGCACUGUAUCCCUCCCAAAUUAUAAAAUGUUGCUAGGCUCAAAAAGGGAAAUAAAGAACUACAUGCCAGAACAAAAAGCAUCUAGCCCUAUAGAACUUUUAGACAAUUACUAGAAUUGCAUUACUGAGAUAAAUGUCUUCUCAUCUAAAAGAUGCCAGGAUUUCUUACUGAGCCAUAGACAUAGAGGCUUUUGACACUUGGGAAUCCAUGUGUGAAAGGCAGAGAGCCUCUGCCAAAUGGGUAUGAUUGGAGCAGAGGUAGGUAUGAAUAAAGCAGACUUUAUUCUGUGAAGUCUCCAUGACUUGACAGCAACUAGUUUUUUUUUUUUUUAAUAUUCUAAAAAUUUUUUUUUAAUAUUCUAAAAUUUUAAAUAGUCAUUCCCCCUUCCAGUCACAUGUGCUCUCACCAUGUUUCAUUUUUUAUAACAGUUGGUAAAAUCUAAGGAAAGAAUGUAUGGAUGAUUUUGAGCAUUUUCCACUUACUACCUAUUUAAGUGAGGCUGUCAGAAAUGGGAGAGAUUUUCCAGUAUUCUGUGCUAAUUAAUGUGAAGACACCAUCAAUAUCUACAAUGUGAUUUCUUCAGCUUUCAAAUGGUGCCAAUGAGCACCAGAGAAAAUUAUGACUAGAAACUAUGAAUUUCAAAACUCAUAGUAAUAUGCUUACACGGUAAGGUACAGAGGAACUGGCCUCAUACAGACCAGAUUUAUCUCUGAGUAGGAGUAGCCCUGCUUUUUCUUUUGCUGGGCAUUUAAUUGAAUUCAUGCUACUACCUAAAUGCAUAUUAUAGAGUGAACUACUUUUUCUUACUACCUACGAUUAGGAUGGAAAUUUGUUUUUAGAGUGAAUACCCAAAAAAACUAUAAAAUUAAACUCACAAAGCUCAUUUAUUGCGAUUAUGGAGCACAAACCACUCAAAGCCAGCCCUAUUUUAAGCAUCACCUCAAUUCUGUGUCCAUUACUUAAUACAGUAAAACUUCAUCCAAAACACCUUACAAAUGGGAUAUUCUGAUUGACUAAAUCUUUGUUCAGUAAAAUACUAAUCUGCAAACGCUAGAGCAGUUUGAAAUUUGUUGAAAAACUUUAUGGAGUGCAUACCAUACUCUAGCCACUGUGAUACUUAUGUGAACAAAGAUCUUUGCCCUCCUUGCAGAGGGAGCAGAACAGAGAAUUAUAUUGUAGGUUACGGGAAAACAAAACCAGAAUAUCAUGCUGCGGUUUUAAAACAGUGGUCACAGCAGGUCUCAUUGAGAUGAGUUUGUGAACAACUCAAAAGUUGGUAAAAGAUUUACUUGUGAAGUUCUAUGGAAGUGCACUGUGAGUAAGAGAAUAGCAGUAACAAAAGGUCUUUAGGCAGGAGUAUGCAAACUACAUGGGAGGACCAGCGGGGCUGGCCAAUGUGGGAUAGGCAGGGUGAGCAGAUGGGAGACAAGAAUUAAAUAAGGGAGGGGGAGAUAGAGUACAUGUAAUUUAAGGCCCUGUAGACCACUGUAAAGUCUUGAUUUUUAAUCAGGUAGGAAGCCAUCUAAGUAAAAGACUUAGAGCUUUAAGUGAUCACUCUGCUAGAAGAGUAGACUGGAAUGGUUGGUGAGGAGACAAAGAUGAAUGAAGCAAAACUAAUGACCAAUUAGGCAAUCACUGAAUGGUCUAAGCAAGACAUAAUAUAGUAGAAUGGUGAGACUUUAGAAUGGAACCAAGAUUUGAUGGACUUUUUGUCUGCAGAACUAGAAUAGAGAUGCCAUUAACUGGGGAUGAUGAUCAGGAUGGUAAAGUCAAGAGGCAAAGUUUGGUUUUAGACCUAAGUUUUGAGACUUCUAUUAGAUAUCCAAGUGGAAAUGUCUCCAUAGAGAGGUGAAUAUAUAAUCUUAUGUCUCUAGGAUGAGAUGUGAUCACCAAACGGAGUAUGAACAGAGGUGGCAAGGAGGCUAAGGUCAAACUCUGGGAUAGAUGUUGGUUUUUAACAUUUGGAAAAAUGGGCAGCAGGGAAAAUGAAAAAAGACAAGUUAUAUAGAAGAACCAGACAGACCAAGAAGGGGAGCCAAUAAAGUAGGAGGAAAAUCAGGCAAGUGUGGUAUCUUACAAGCCAACUUAAGAGUGUUUCAAGAUCAAAUAUUGAUUAGAUUUAGCAACGUGGAAAUCAUAGUAGUAGAGAAAGGUCUGAUAGGCAACACAUAUCAGAUGACCUAACAAAUGUCCAAACUUACCACUAGUCUUGGGAAGGCCAUACAUUGUGUGAUGUGAAAUGAAGACUACAGGAUCAAAAGUUGUUUUAAGGCUUAAUGAGUGACUAAGCAUGAAGGAGGGGCAGAGGAAGAAACAAACUUCAGCAGACUCCUCACUGAGCUCAGAGCCCAACGUGGGGCUUGAUCUCAAGAUCCCAAGAUUGUGACCUAAGCUGAAACCAGAGUCAGACACUUAAACAACUGCACCACCCAGGAGCCCCUCAAGACAUUUUUUUAAUGGCAUUAUUUACUUACUGUGCUUCUGGGAAUGAUCCAAUAGAAAAUGGAUGCAGUGUAGAGAAGACUCUUUGAAUGAGACAGGGACUUAGAUCUAAUGCUCCUUACCUAGGGCAAGUAUAGGAACAGAAUUGCUAGAACCAUUCUAGGAAUAGACAAGGGUGGCAGUGCUUUACCAGAA